AUGGCGCAAGAGGAAGAGACAACCACAACAACAGGUCAAGACGACGCAGAGUCCGAGUCCUUGGCCAAGCAGGCCAUCAAGAACACGACGCACGCGGUGGAAGAAGCGGCAGAAGUGGUGGUAGAUGGAGCCAAGAAAGCCGGGGAUCUCGUGGUGGAUGGUGCCAAGAAAGCGGGAGAGGCAGCGCAGACGGCCGCCCACAAGGUGGGGGAAUACAUUCCCGAUCCAGUCAAGAAAACGGCCAAGAAUGUCAGCGAUUUUGUCACGGAUGCGGGUGUGGAGAAGACACCUCCCAAUUGGGAUGCCGAACGAGAAUUGGAAUUCAAAAUGAAACAGCAAAAAGAAGGAUAUCGGUAUUAG